UUCAUAUCUGCCCGAGUCUGUUUGAUUUCCAUGGCACACGUAUCAUAUUCCUUGACUUUCAACAGCGGCCUGACGCCGUUCUCGAAGCAAACCGGUCCCAAAUCCCCAGAAGAUUGGGGAAUGAAAAGAGAUGUAAAGUUUAGAUGUGUGGCAACAGCUAAACGCGGAGUCAGGUUUCUCAGAGCCCCGGCUAUAUUUAACCUACUGAUCUAACACCAGGCAGAGAGUUUAAAUGGCACCACGGCAGUUGGUGCGAAGCAGUUGUCGUCCACAGAUCUUCUUCGGCACGAGCUCAGCUCAGGGGAAGGGAUUUGCACACAUACACCCACACGAGGACCGUAAAGGACCUAUAGCGCAUCCAGAGCAGAGAGAACCAAGCUAGCGGACACUGUAUGAAAAACAUGGAGCUUUUUGAGACCAACCCCUACUUUUUCGCAGACCAGCGCUUUUACGAAAGCAGCGAUAACUUUUUCCCCUCCAGGCUGUCCGGAGGUUUCGACCAAGCUGGAUAUCAGGACAGAAGCUCUAUGAUGGGGCUGUGCGGCGACGGGAGAUUGCUGUCAGCUGGGGUCGGCUUGGAGGACAAACCAUCUCCAACUCCCAGUUUGGGUCUCUCCAUGUCGCCGCAUCAGGAGCAACAGCACUGCCCGGGUCAGUGCCUGCCAUGGGCCUGCAAGGUGUGCAAGCGCAAAACAGUGACGAUGGAUCGUCGAAAAGCCGCCACUAUGAGGGAGAAGAGGAGGUUGAAGAAGGUGAACGAGGCUUUUGAGGCUCUCAAGAGAAGCACGCUAUUGAAUCCCAAUCAAAGGCUGCCUAAGGUGGAGAUCCUGCGCAGUGCCAUCCAGUACAUCGAGAGACUUCAGGCUCUGGUUAGCUCUCUCAACCAGCAGGAACACGAACAGGGAAACCUGCAUUACAGAGCCACAGCUCCACAGCGGGUGUCCUCCAGCAGCGAGCAGGGCUCUGGCAGCACCUGCUGUAGCAGUCCAGAGUGGAGCAGUGCGUCCGAACUCUGCGCUCCAGCAUAUAGCUCUGCGCAUGACGAUCUCUUGAACGACGACGCAGAACAGACCAACCUGAGGUCUCUGACAUCUAUUGUGGACAGCAUUACAGGAACAGAGACCACUGCAGUCCCCUAUUCAGUGGACAUUAGCAAAUAAACGAGGUGUUUAGAGCACCUAUCCAUCGCACUAUCCAUCUAUUACACCCCAAGGUGAAUGAAGAACCACUUUAAAGUCAUAAAACCUUGGGGUGUAUGUUUUCCAGACAAAAUGAUGAGGUCCAUAUGAUAAUAUUUCCAAGUGCUUCAAUCUCUGAUGGAAUGAGAAUUUCAGAGGAAACUUAAGAGAUGCAAGCAGAUUCAUAUUUUCGUAUUUCCUGAUUCCUUUAUUUUUUCAUUUUAUUUGUGUGUGCUGUAUGCUUACCAAGAGACAUCCAUUUGUGGGUCCAAUGCAUUAACUUCGUGGUUUUGACCAAUUUAUGCUUAAUUUAAACUAUAGUUCUGAAUGCCAAUUGUGUAAAUAUGUUCCUAUUUUCUACAGAGUGGUUUUCUUAUUUUAUUUUCUAUUUUUAUUGUGUGUGUUAUAAUAAUUUAUUUGGACUUUUAUAAUAAAGAUUGUUGUGUAUUUGUAAA